UGCACUCUCCCACGAAAACUCACUUCAGUAACCAAAAGAACAAAACACAAAAGCAGAAAAAUAUGGCAGCCUUAUCAUUAUAUCUGCUGCUUACUUGGAUGUUCCUACUCUCUCUCUUUCGUACUAGGCUUGCUGAGGUAUCAUGUCAUGCGGAUGAGAGCUCUGCCUUAAUGGAAUUCAAGAGAAGUUUCAGAACCAACACGACAGAUUCGCGAUGCGUUUAUCCAAAGGUCCACUCUUGGUCUCUGGAUGGAAGUGGAGAUUGUUGUUCGUGGGAUGGCAUCGAAUGUGAUGAGGUCACCGGCCGAGUGAUUGCCCUCAACCUCAGUAGCAGUUGUCUCUCGGGCACCAUGAGUCCCAACACCACUCUCUUUCGACUCAUUCACGUGGAGUCACUCAAUCUUGCUUACAACAGCUUCAACUUAUCCCCAAUCCCGUACGGCUUCAGCAAUCUUUCGAGGUUACAAUACCUUAAUCUCUCCCACUCGGAUUUUUCCGGUGAAAUCCCUCACGAUAUCUCGCAGCUAUCCCGGUUAGUUUCUCUCGAUUUGUCCGCUUCUUGGGACGUGACACUUCAUUUGCCCAACAUGGGCGACCUUGUUCAUAAUUUGACUGGGCUAAAAGAACUCCAUCUUUCUUCCGUAAGCUUGUCAUCCCCUAUCCCUCCUGUGCUAGCGAAUUUCUCUUCCUUGACAUCGCUUAGGCUUCGAUUUUGUGGAUUGAAUGGAGACUUUCCGGUCAGCAUUUUUCAGCUGCCAAACUUGGAAGUCCUUGACAUUGCUGGCAAUUCCAACCUUUCUGGUUUUUUUCCCAAAUUGCAUUGGGGUUCUCCAUUGAAAUCGUUAUACCUUUCCCAGACCGAUUUCUCAGGAGAAAUACCCGCUUCGAUUGGAAAUCUUAGUCUCUUGAAUGAGUUAGACGCCUGGGGGUGCCAUUUUUCGGGAUCACUUCCCUCUUCAAUGGGUAAUCUUUCUCAUCUCACUAGACUAGUCCUUUACGGAAAUAACUUGCAAGGUCAAAUCCCUGUUUCCUUUGCUGAUCUUACCCAGCUAUGGUGGCUAGACCUCUCUUCCAAUAACUUGAGUGGUGAUACUUUGGAGUGGGUGGUCAACUUGACAAAACUUGACCACUUGGACAUUUCAGGUAAUAAUUUCUUCCUCUCUGCCGGUUCGAUCGGAUCUCCUUCCUUCUCUCUCUGCAGCUCCAUGGAACCACCGACCUCUCGAGCUCCACGCCGCUCGCUCCCUCCCCGACCACCACCAAAACCCCCGCCGCGACGGCCACAAGCAAAACCAGAGACAGGGACUUCCUCCUCCACCUCAAGGCCUACCUCGCCAAGCGAGACGCCACGAAGAUCAUCCUCUCCUCCUCCCUCCUGCCCGAAACCCUACCCCCUCCAUCAAUGGCCGCCACUUGCGUGUUCUGUCGAAGAUCAGCGCGUGGGCGGAGUUCGUCGGGUACAUUGGGAGCGUGAAUCUGAAAAUUGUAAUCGGCUAAGCGGUGGACUUCCAUCUUCAUUUGAGAACCUGAAGCAGUUGACUUUGCUCGACCUUUCUGACAACGACUUGCGCGGUGAUAUUCCGAGCACAUUGUGGAAUCUGAAGGAUCUUGAAAGGCUUUACCUGGGAUGGUUUAAUCUCAAUGCUGUUCUCGAUGCAAAUAAUCUAUUCAAACUCAAGAACUUGAGAGUUUUACAUUUGUCCUUCAACAAUAUAUCGUUCACCAAGUCAUUCAUCAACGCCACUACAUCGAAGCUUACCGAAUUAUACUUGGAUUCGUGCAACUUGACCGAGUUCCCACAGUUUAUAGGCUACUUAAGUGAAUUGGUGGAGUUAGACCUAUCACACAACAGAAUCCGAGGGACCAUUCCUAGAUGGAUGUGGAACAAUAGCAAAGAAUCUCUCGAGUAUAUAGAUCUUUCUGACAAUCUUUUAACCGGCUUCGAAAUCAACCAAACCGAUCUUCCUUUGCCGAAAUUGAAGUAUCUUGACGUUAGUUCUAACUUGCUAGAAACAACCCUCCCUGUCCCACCACCCUCAGUCGCACAAUACAACAUCUCAAACAAUUUCCUAUAUGGGGAAGUUCCAACAUCCAUUUGUGAAGAGAGCUCUCUUGCCGUCCUCGAUUUGUUCAACAAUAAUCUGAAUGGCACACUUCCUCCUUGUUUGGGUAGUAUUGGUCCUUUGAUUAUAUUGAAUCUCGCGAGAAAUAAAUUCGCGGGAAUGAUUCCUCACAUUUACCCAGAUGAUUGUUCAUUGAGGAUGAUCGACCUAAGAGAAAAUCGACUAAGAGGGAUUGUUCCGAGAUCUUUAGAAAAUUGCGGAAUGCUGGAGUAUUUGAAUCUCGGUUACAAUCAAAUUAAUGAUACAUUCCCAUUUUGGCUAUCGAAAUUGGCCUACCUAAAAGUUAUUGACUUCCAGUCCAAUAUGUUCCAUGGACCCAUAGAAGAUAAUCUAAGCCAGCUUAACUUCACCAGUUUACACAUCCUGGACCUAUCCAACAACAGCUUCAAUGGUGAACUUCCUUCCAAGCUGUUAAGGAGUUGCCACGCCAUGAAGUUUAUCGAUGGUCAAGAAAAGUUGGCAUAUUUGAGUCUUUAUAAUUGGCUUAAUAUGUCUUAUGUUUCAUACGGCGAAAGUUUGACUUAUGCGAUGACAUUAAUGAGUAAGGGCAUGAAAAGGGAAUAUGCGAAGAUUUCGGAUGUCCUCAUGGCGAUUGACUUCUCCAAUAACAAGUUCGAAGGAUUCAUUCCCGAACUCAUUGGAGAUCUGAAGUCACUUCGUAUGCUCAACCUUUCAAACAACUUCCUCAAUGGUAGCAUCCCUCCUUCCUUGGCCAGCCUGACAAUGCUCGAAUCACUGGAUCUUUCCCUGAACAAUCUCAUAGGAGAGAUUCCUCAACAACUAGCCAACCUCACAUUUCUCGAGGUUUUUGAUGUCUCUCACAAUCGACUAUCGGGACCGAUACCACGUGGAACACAGUUCGACACAUUCGGGAGCAAUUCAUUUGCAAUGAAUGAGGGGUUGUGUGGAGGUCCUCUGCCAAAUAAAUGCACAAUUGGUGAAAGCACUGCACCACCACUAUCGUCUUUCAAAGUAGAUAAUGAAGAAGAGUCUCUAUUUGACUUGGAUUGGAAAAUCGUGCUGGCUGGCACUGGAGUUGGGUUUUUGGUUGGCGUUGUGCUAGGGAACUUGAUCAUUGACGAGAACAGUAGGUGGUUCUUGCACUACUCCAUGAGAAUGGCAAAAGGAUGUAAAAGAGAGUAUUUGAAUCUCGGUUACAAUCAAAUUAAUGAUACAUUCCCAUUUUGGCUAUCGGAAUUGGCCUACCUAAAAGUUAUUGACUUGCAGUCCAAUUUGUUCCAUGGACCCAUAGAAGAUAAUCUAAGCCAGCUUAACUUCACCAGUUUACACAUCCUGGACCUAUCCAACAACAGCUUCAGUGGUGAACUUCCUUCGAAGUUGUUGAAGAGUUGCCAUGCCAUGAAGGUCAUUGUUGGUCAAGAUAAGUUGGCAUAUUUGAGUCUUUCUAAAUCGGUUGAUCUAUCUUCUGUUUCAUUCGGUAAAAUUAUGACUUAUGCAAUGACAUUAAUGAGCAAGGGUACGGAAAGGGAAUAUGCGAAGAUUCCGGAUGUCCUCAUGGCGAUUGACUUCUCCAAUAACAAGUUCGGAGGGUUCAUUCCUGAACUCAUUGGAGAUCUGAAGUCACUUCGUAUGCUCAAUCUUUCAAACAACUUCCUCAAUGGUAGCAUCCCUCCUUCCUUGGCCAACCUGACAGUGCUCGAAUCAUUGGAUCUUUCGGGGAACCAUCUUGUGGGAGAGAUUCCUCAACAAUUAGCCCACCUCACAUUUCUUUCGGUUUUCGAUGUCUCUCACAAUCGUCUAUCGGGACCGAUACCACGUGGAACACAAUUUGACACGUUUGGGAGCGGCUCAUUUGCGAUGAAUGAUGGUUUGUGUGGAAGUCCUCUGCCAAAUAAAUGCACAAAUGAUGAUAACGGUCCACCGCCACCAUCAUCUUUCAUAGUAGAUAAUGAAGAAGAGUGUCUAUUCGACUUGGAUUGGAGAAUUGUGCUAGUUGGCGCUGGAGUUGGGUUUUUGGUCGGUGUUGUGCUAGAGAACCUGAUCAUUGACAAGAAGAGGAGGUGGUUCUUGCACUAUUCCAAGAAAAUGGCAAAAGGAUGGAAAAGGUGAGGAAAGCUCUGGCGGACAAGAAAAUAUGCAGCUAAAUACUUAAUGCUCUGUGUUUAAGUAGCUUGUUGAGAACAGUUACAUAUGCAUGUCUGAAGAUUCUAAUCUAUGUUUGUUUGCAUUGUUCAGUAUACUAUUA